AUAUGGUCCUUGACCAGCAGGUCAGCUCAGGUCAACUGAAUGAAGAUGUACGCCACAGAGUCCAUGAAGCACUGAUGAAACAGCAUCAUCACCAGAACCAGAAAAAACUCACCAACAGGAUUCCCAUUGUCCGGUCUUUUGCUGAUAUUGGCAAGAAACAAUCAGAACCGAAUUCCAUGGAUAAAAAUGCAGGUCAGGUUGUUUCUCCUCAGUCUGCUCCAGCCUGUGCUGAGAAUAAAAAUGAUGUUAGCAGGGAAAACAGCACUGUUGACUUUAGCAAGGGACUGGGAGGCCAACAAAAGGGGCAUACUAGUCCAUGUGGGAUGAAACAAAGGCAUGAAAAAGGACCUCCACACCCGCAAGAGAGAGAGGUUGAUCUGCAUUUUAUGAAGAAGAUUCCUCCAGGUGCCGAGGCUUCAAACAUCUUGGUGGGAGAGCUGGAGUUCCUGGACAGAACUGUGGUGGCCUUUGUCAGGCUGUCUCCGGCUGUCUUGCUCCAAGGCCUGGCUGAAGUUCCAAUCCCAAGCAGAUUUCUGUUCAUUCUUCUGGGACCCCUGGGAAAGGGUCAACAGUACCAUGAGAUCGGCAGAUCAAUUGCAACCUUAAUGACUGAUGAGGUAUUUCAUGAUGUUGCUUACAAAGCUAAAGACCGAAAUGACUUGGUGUCAGGGAUUGAUGAGUUUCUGGACCAGGUCACAGUUCUCCCUCCUGGAGAAUGGGACCCAAGUAUCCGGAUAGAACCUCCUAAAAAUGUUCCUUCCCAGGAGAAGAGGAAGAUUCCUGCUGUACCAAAUGGAACAGCAGCUCACGGAGAAGCUGAGCCACACGGAGGACAUAGCGGCCCUGAACUCCAGCGAACUGGAAGGAUUUUUGGGGGACUUAUAUUAGAUAUCAAAAGAAAAGCUCCAUUCUUCUGGAGUGACUUCAGAGAUGCUUUCAGCCUGCAGUGUUUAGCAUCUUUCCUGUUUCUCUACUGCGCGUGCAUGUCUCCUGUCAUCACCUUUGGAGGACUCUUGGGAGAGGCAACUGAAGGUCGCAUAAGUGCAAUCGAAUCCCUCUUUGGAGCAUCUAUGACUGGGAUAGCCUAUUCUCUUUUUGGUGGACAGCCCCUUACCAUAUUAGGCAGUACAGGACCUGUUUUGGUGUUCGAAAAGAUUUUGUUUAAAUUUUGCAAAGAAUAUGGGCUGUCCUACUUGUCUUUACGAGCCAGUAUUGGGCUUUGGACUGCAACCUUGUGUAUCAUCCUUGUGGCCACUGAUGCGAGUUCCCUUGUCUGCUAUAUCACUCGGUUUACCGAAGAAGCUUUUGCUUCUCUUAUUUGCAUCAUUUUUAUCUAUGAAGCCCUGGAGAAAUUGUUUGAACUCAGUGAAGCCUACCCAAUCAACAUGCACAACGAUUUGGAACUGCUGACACAGUACUCAUGUAACUGUAUGGAGCCACAUAGUCCCAGCAAUGAUACCCUGAAGGAAUGGAGGGAGUCCAAUAUUUCUGCCUCUGACAUAAUUUGGGGGAACCUAAGUGUGUCAGAGUGCAGAUCACUGCAUGGUGAGUAUGUUGGGCGCGCCUGUGGCCAUGGCCAUCCCUAUGUGCCAGAUGUUCUCUUUUGGUCGGUGAUCCUGUUCUUCUCCACAGUCACCAUGUCAGCCACCCUGAAGCAGUUCAAGACGAGCCGGUAUUUCCCAACCAAGGUUCGAUCCAUAGUGAGUGAUUUUGCAGUUUUUCUUACAAUUCUGUGUAUGGUUUUAAUUGACUAUGCCAUUGGGAUUCCAUCGCCAAAACUACAAGUACCAAGUGUUUUCAAGCCUACGAGAGAUGACCGUGGCUGGUUUGUUACACCUUUAGGUCCAAACCCAUGGUGGACAAUUAUAGCUGCUAUUAUCCCAGCUUUGCUUUGUACAAUUCUGAUUUUCAUGGACCAACAGAUUACAGCUGUCAUAAUCAACAGAAAAGAGCAUAAGCUUAAGAAAGGUUGUGGCUAUCACCUGGAUCUGCUAAUGGUAGCCAUCAUGCUUGGGGUGUGCUCCAUUAUGGGCCUGCCAUGGUUUGUGGCCGCCACAGUCCUCUCUAUCACUCAUGUCAACAGCCUGAAGCUGGAAUCAGAAUGCUCUGCUCCAGGAGAACAACCCAAGUUUCUCGGCAUCAGAGAACAGAGAGUGACUGGGCUCAUGAUUUUUAUUCUUAUGGGCUCAUCAGUUUUUAUGACAAGCAUUCUGAAGUUUAUCCCCAUGCCAGUGUUGUAUGGAGUGUUUCUUUAUAUGGGGGCUUCAUCUCUCAAGGGAAUUCAGUUAUUUGAUAGAAUAAAGCUCUUCUGGAUGCCAGCCAAACAUCAACCAGAUUUUAUAUAUCUAAGGCAUGUACCACUCCGGAAAGUCCAUCUCUUCACAAUCAUUCAGAUGAGUUGUCUUGGCCUUUUGUGGAUAAUCAAAGUUUCAAGAGCUGCUAUUGUCUUUCCUAUGAUGGUGUUAGCCCUGGUAUUUGUGAGAAAGUUGAUGGACUUCUUGUUUACAAAACGGGAACUCAGCUGGCUUGAUGAUUUAAUGCCUGAGAGUAAGAAAAAGAAACUUGAAGAUGCAGAAAAAGAAGAAGAACAAAGUAUGCUAGCCAUGGAAGAUGAGGGCACAGUACAACUCCCACUGGAGGGACACUACAGAGAUGACCCAUCUGUGAUCAAUAUUUCUGAUGAAAUGUCAAAGACUGCCAUGUGGGGGAACCUUCUGAUUACUGCUGACAACUCAAAAGAUAAGGAGUCACGCUUUCCUUCCAAAAGCGUUGAAAGUGGAAAAGAGAAGAAAGCUGCCUCAGGGAAAGGUGUUGACAGGGAGACUUGUCUAUGACUUGAUCUUCAAUUGAUUUUUUACAUAUAUAUGAGAAGAGUGUCACAAUUAUUAAUAAAACUGCUUUGAUCAUGUAUUGUAAAUCCUGUCUCCCCUCCCAAAUCCACCUUCAUACUGUAAGUAGUGCAACGCUUGUUCCAUUUCUGUGUUUAACCUCUGAGCAGUGUGACCCCCUUGUGAGCAGAUACAAUAGCUAACGCAAGAGUCCCCGUGUUACUACCGUGAGACAUUCACCAACACAACAUUCUCACUGUCAAUGUUAUGAGAACAAAGCUUUCUUAAGAAAAAAAAAAAGUCAUAUUUACCUAGUUUGUAUUUUCCUACCUUAGUAACCUAAAGAUACCUGAUAAUUUUAUUUAGAAGAAUUUUGAAAGGUAGUUUUACUUUUUGUUUUUUAUGCCUUAGCAUUAGGGACUUGUUUUGAAAGGCCCGAAUCUAAAGGCUACCUUUAAAGCAUUUUUAACAAUUGUAUGUAUGUAUUUCCUGACUUAAUAUGAUGCAUUUAAUACUUAAUCUCUAACUGACACUUCAGGUUAUCUGAGAAAGAAACCUGUUCAUACCUUCUUAAAAGUCCUACGCAAGACAGUCCUGUAGUGUUUGCUUAGAACUCAAGUUGUAACCAUGUGGUCAAGUACAAGGCUUCCAUGAAAUGCUUUAGAGAUAUUUGAAGAGUUUUGUGAGUUUGUUUGUUUUUUUUUUUUCAUUUCAA